UCGUGCGAAUUGUUCCGACACUCCGUCUCCAGGUUGAACAUUACUUUUCGUUUGCGGGUUGAAUACUGAUCUCUCCUUCACAUAGACGGCAAAACAUCGCCGAAACAAGACAAGAACAGGCCAGCUCAGUACUCUCGACCCCCCGUAACACAGACAGACUUGCCCCCUCUCCCUGUUCAAACACGGUCAACAUGUCGUCCCAAAACCUGCUUCCCAGGCCGCCAUACGACCCUCAGCUGGUCGCGGCGUUCAGCCGGAUGCUGCCAUACCCCCAAACGGCCGAAGACAUCGUCAAGGCUCGCCAACAGCGCGCCGCCGCCAUGGCCCCCUUGCAAGCAGCCGUACGCAACGACGAGCACCUGUCGGUAGAAGACCGGACGAUCCCCGGCCCGGGGGGCCAGAUCCCCCUCGUCAUCCUCCGGUCCAGGAACUCCCAAACGGCCACCGACGGGGGGCGGCCGGGCAUCGUCUACUUCCACCCCGGCGGCAUGGUGCUCGGCGACGCCUUCUUGGCCAUCGAGCCCUUCGCCCGCAUCGCCAAGGACCUCGACGCCGUCGUCGUCAGCGUCGAGUACCGCCUCGCGCCAGAGCACCCGGCGCCCGCGCCCCAGGACGACUGCUACGCCGCCCUGGUCUGGACCGCCGAGCACGCGCGGGACCUCGGCGUCGACCCGGCCCGCCUCAUGGUCGCCGGCGUCUCGGCCGGCGGCGGCCUCGCUGCCGGCGCCGCCCUCAGGGCGCGGGACACCGGCGGGCCGACGCUCUGCGCGCAGCUGCUGGUGUACCCGAUGCUCGACGACCGCGACGCGGGCGUGUCCAAGAGGCAGUUCCGCCACGACACGCCCUACGACGCCACGGACAACAACGGUGCGUGGAAGUGCGUGCUGGGCGACCGGGCGGGCGUCGAGGACGCGGCCGUCAGCCCUUACGUCGCGCCGGCGAGGGCGAGCGACCUGUCCGGCCUGCCGCCGGCAUACAUCGACGUCGGCACGGCCGAGCCGUUCCGCGACGAGAACGUGGCGUACGCGACGAGGCUGUGGGAUUGCGGCGUGCAGGCCGACCUGCACGUCUGGAGCGGCGGCUUCCACGGCUUCGACCUGCUGGGCCUGGCCGUCGGGUCCGAAGUCGCCCAGGCUGCGCUCGAGACGAGGUUGGGAUGGGUCAGGAGAGUCUUUGGGGUGGCCGAGAAGGCUGCUUGAUGCGCCAGACACACGUGUGUAGAUGGGAACGGGGUCAGGAGGCUGUGUGAGAGUGCACAAGAGAAUCAUGCAUUGAGGCUUGUUUGCAGUCUAAACUCUUAGUGCAAACUUGCCGAGCAAUUGCCAUUCGUCGUCCCAAACCUGAUUCCUUUCUCCUGCAUUUCUGAUAUAAGUUCAAACGCAGCGGCAACUCCUUAUUCCGUCCGGACCACCGGUUGAGUUCCAGGAA